GUCCAACCUGCAACUUGCUCCUUGCAUCCACCCAUUCCUCACCAACCCAUUUUCAGUCCUCAGCACAGAACGAUUUAAUAUCCGCGAACUCCCCCACAGGAUUCCUGGGUGCAUUUAUCAACAUCUACCUAGUCUUCACCAAACCCUCGACGGUGAUCGAACGUUAUUGUAUCAACGCUACACCGUCGCUAAACGCUGCCCACUGUCGCAUUCGAAGCUCGCGACUGCUAAGGAUCCCGAAAUCCGCCCUUGUUGUCAAAGACGCCCAACUUUCUAAAACCCGUCACUAUGAGGCCCUCCGCGUUCCUCGUCGCCGCGCUUGCCGUCGUUCCCGGCGUCCUCGCCGUUGACCAGAUGAAGUCCGUCAUCAUCUGGGCCCAGUCCGACUCCAUCAGCGACGAUAUCAUCGCCAAGGCCAAGCAGUCCGUCAUCGACGCCGGUGGCCAGAUCACCCACACCUACUCCCUCAUCAGGGGAUUCGCAUGCGUCACACCCGUCAAGGUCCUCGAGUCUGUCCAGGCUUUCAGUGAAGGUCUCGUAAUCGACGAAGAUCACACCGUCACCGGCUCGUAAAGCAGGGCAUUGUCAACCAGAACAGAUGCGCCAGAUUCGUCGGCAAGACUUCCGAAACAUGCGGUCAGUGAAGGAUACUAUAAUUUGUGAAAAGGACUUUGGCUGGACUAGGUCACUAGGACAGCGAUAUCCCACUCUCCUUUUUCAGGCACUUUGGCGGGGACAAUCAAGGAGGCGCUCAUUUCACCAAAUUUCAACAUAGACGGUUUUACCGCUACGGAGUCAGGAGUUCAAGACUGUUGAUCAGUGUGUCCGACGACACUAAU